CAAAGUUUCUACUGGAUGUAUCAUAUGUUUUUGUGGCAGUGUAGUAUGUCAGAUCACACUGAAAUAAAAUAUUCAACGAGCUAGUUAGCGUUAGCAACAGCUAGCUGGUCGUCAAUAAUUAGCAUUCGCUACCAUUUUCGCAUCAGUAGCAAGUAAACAGUCAUUAUAUUUUACUUCAGUUGCUAAUCUAGUCUUUGCUCGCAUACAGACAUCAGUCACAAUACCAGAAGUAUUUAUGUUGUUCGUGUGUCAGUGUUUAUUUUACGGACUAAGCAAUUCUUCACUUCAUAAAUGACGUGAUGUGGACAGACGGGGGCGCUCAAGAGCAGGUUGUAUCAAGAACAAGGCGGAAUGGAGAGGGUCCGCAGGGUUCUAGUGUCUGUGUGUCGGGACGGAGCAGCGCCACAGAGUGUUCACUUUCUUCAGAGUGUCACAGGUCACUUUGGCACCACUGACCAGGUGAACGUGAGCUGCUCACUGGACCGGAACCACUUGAUGGUCCUCAAAGAUGACACCAACAGAGGCAUUCCCCUGAAGAGGGCCCCCUUCUGUCCAAUCAAGAACCUGUCCGUCAAAGAUGCAGCGGCUAUCUCAUUGGACAUUCAGCAACGUGGCGUUGACGUUGGUGUGGCAAUCAUCCUGCAGACAGCCAAUCAGAGAGUGUUGCUGACGCGACGAGCAAAGCAACUGCGGAUAUUUCCCAAUGUUUGGGUUCCACCAGGCGGCCAUCUUGAACCAGAUGAGACGCUACUGGAGGCGGGCCUCAGGGAGCUGAAAGAGGAAACAGGAUUGGAUCUGGAAGCAGAACAAUUCCCAAAUCCAAAGGUUCUUGGUGUGUGGGAGUCAGUGUAUCCCCCCAUGCUGAGCAGAGGACCCCCCCAGCGACACCACCUUGUUGUCUACUUGCUGCUGCGCUCUCCCUGCACCCACCUGCAGCUCCAGGACUGUCUGCGCCCCUCUCCCGCUGAAGUCAGCGCUUGUCUUUGGGCCGACUCCCGGCUGGUCGGUGCCAUGGUGUCGGCCGUGGAUGGACAGGAUGGCGAGGUCGAUGUGGAACGUCUUCCCGCCGUCAGUGUGUCCGAAGUGUGUCCUGAGGGUGGACUGCGUGACGCCACGCUGCCGCCAGGUGUCUUUGUCAACCGGGCUUCGUACAGUGGUCCAGACGUGGAGCGGGUCAGCACCGGGACAAAGUUUGCUCUGGACCUGUGGUUGAAGACCACUGCAGAGAUGACUUCUGAAUCCCACCCAUGUCAGUCAAACAAAUGAUGUUACACUGACCUUUGAUUGUGUGUGUAUGUGUGUGAGAUAAAUGACAUGAAAAAAAUAAAUGACAGAAAA